AUGAAAGUGUCCGUUGCAGCCAUUCUGCUCAGUGCCCUGUGUGUUUCUGUGAUUGGCGGAGUUGUUCUAGAUCCCGUUGAACGCCCAUCAGCCAAAAUCGCUCCCAGUCCACUUGCUACCGAUGGCUAUUUGGCGUACCCCGGACAAUUUCUGCACCAUGCAGCACUACGAUUCAAAACCAAAUCGUCCACCAGAGUAUAUGGAUGUGCCGGAUCGUUAAUCACACCCGUUUACAUCCUAACAACGGCAGCCUGUGUAAAUCAUAACUCCGUCGAGUAUGCUUUCGCAAUCUUGGGCUCACUGUUCAAUGGCAACACCGAGUGGGAGCAGCACAUUAACAUCUCGAUGAACGGAGUCCGAAUUCAUCCGCCAUCACCGAUGUAUGGUCAUAACGAUAUCGCUACAAUUCAUAUGGAUCAUCCGGCGACGUUAAACGAAUAUGUGCAGCCUAUCCGUUUGCCGCGUUUGUCCGACACGCGCACCUACGAGAUGAUGGAAGGUACUGCGACCAGUGCAUUAGAUGGCGAGGGCUUGCGAUAUCUGCGCAAUCAAGUGAUGUCGAACGCGGACUGUCACGAAGCAAUACAACCGCUGUACAACAUUUCGGCCCAGCACAUCUGUACGGAUACAUACAUAGGUGGUUCGUUAUGCGGCCGGAACAGUGGAUCAGCAUUGACGGUUGAAGACGAGAACGGGCAGAUGUUGGUUGGUGUUGGAAAUAUUGUCUUUUUGUGCGAUUUGCACUAUCCUAUUCGGCAUAUUCGUGUUUUGUACUUCCGUGAAUGGAUUGAGCUAAACUCGGAUUACAAAUUUGAGCCUUAG